AUGAAUUUAGAUAGUUUCGCAAAAACCCCAAAAAAAGAUUAUUUUGUUUGUAUUUUUACAUCACAAAAACCAAUUGAAACAAAUAAGGAAUAUUCUGAAAUGGAUAUAAAAAUGGAUGAAUUGGCAAAAUCUCAACCGGGCUAUUUAGGAGUAGAAAGUACAUCAAAUAAUAAAGGUUUUGGAAUUACUGUAUCAUAUUGGGAAUCAUUAGAAAGUAUUAAAAAUUGGAAAAGUAAUUCAGAACAUAUGGCCGCUCAACAAUAUGGAAUCAAAGACUGGUAUAAUCACUAUGAAAUAAGAGUAGCUGAAGUAAAAUAUUCGUAUAGUAGUAAACCAAAAGAACUUUAA